AUGUCAGCAAAUGAUAUGGUUGAUGCUCUUGGGGUGGGCGACACAGAUGAACCUGAUGCCAGAGGUCAGCCAAGGAACAGCUUGCCGAGAAUGAGUGAGUCUGCGUUUUCAUCUCUCCUUUAUAAGAUGGAUCAUCCGAACAAAGGGGUGGCAUUGAUUAUCAACAAUACCACGUUCCAUCCCAGGCUAUUCAUAAGAGGCCACAUCGGGGAUAGUAAAAGAAGUUUGCAGGAACCAAGUGCUGAUGCAGAACUCAUGGUUGACUUGUUGAAGACUCUAGGAUUUAAAGAUGUCAUGUUUUACAAAGACCAGACAGCUGCUGACAUGAAGUCAAUACUUCAAAAAGUGGCCAGCAUGGACCAUACCGACAGCGACUGCUUUGUGUGUGUCAUACUGACUCAUGGAGACGAUGGCUAUGUAUGUGCUACUGACGAUAAAAUCCCUGUGGAUGAACUGCUUCAGCCUUUCAAGGGACACUUAUGCAAAUCUCUUGCUGCAAAACCAAAGUUGUUUUUAAUACAGUCUUCCAAGGGUUUCAUGCCAGAGAAAGGAGAGAGAUCCUUUGAAAGUGCUGGAGAGGAAUCAAAUGAAGAGGAAACUGUUCGUCGCAUUCCAACAGAAGCAGACUUCUUGAUGGCAUACUCAAUGAUUCCAGCCUGGAAAAAUAUAUCAAAACCAUCUUGGUUCAUUCAGUCAAUACAUGAUGUCUUUGAGCAGAACUGGCAGACAAUGGACUUGUUGACAAUGAUCACCAGAGUCAACAAGAAAGUGGCACAGGCUUUUGAAUUAAAUGCUAACAAUGUGUAUGAAAAUCAGAACAGACAGAUCCCAUAUAUUACUUCCAUGUUAACCAAGGAUCUGUUCUUCACCACUAAGUAG